AUGGACUCGGGAGAAAGUGCUUUGCAAAAUUAUAGUCGAAUUGAGAAAAUUGGCGAAGGAACAUAUGGGGUCGUUUACAAAGGUAUCGAUAAACGAUCGGGAAAGAUGGUUGCAAUGAAAAAGAUUCGUUUAGAAAAUGAAGAUGAAGGUGUACCAGCAACAGCAAUUCGAGAAAUUUCACUGCUUCGAGAAUUAACACAUCCAAACAUCGUUGCUCUUGAAGAAAUCAUACUUGAAGAGAAUCGGUUGUACUUAAUUUUUGAAUUUUUGUAUAUGGAUUUGAAGAAAUACAUUGAUACAGUUCCUGAUUCUGAGCUGAUGAACAAAGAACAGCAAAAAUCUUACUUAUAUCAAAUAUUGCAAGCUAUUUGUUUCUGCCACCAGAGGCGUGUUCUUCAUCGUGAUUUGAAACCACAGAAUUUACUGGUGGACCAAAAUGGUGCCAUCAAGCUUGCGGACUUUGGUUUAGCAAGAGCUAUUGGUAUUCCAAUAAGGGCUUAUACUCAUGAAAUUGUAACUCUCUGGUAUCGAGCUCCUGAAGUACUUCUUGGCGCAACUCGCUAUUCGAUGGGAGUUGAUAUGUGGAGCAUUGGAUGUAUCGCUGCCGAAAUGGCCACAAAAGUACCACUAUUUCAAGGUGACUCGGAAAUUGAUCAAAUCUUUCGCAUUUUCCGAAUAAUGUCAACCCCUACCGAAGAUAUGUGGCAUGGAGUUACCCAGCUUCCAGAUUUCAAGAUGUCAUUCCCUCAGUGGAAAGAAGAUGGUCUCGGCAAAAUUCUUGAAUCUUAUAUGGAUCCCGAAGCUAUCCAAAUUUUACGCAACAUGCUUACUUACGAUCCGGCACAGCGAAUCUCAGCGAAACAGCUGCUAAAGAACUCAUACUUUGAUGACGUUGAUCGAAAGAAACUUCCAGCUGGCAAUUAUGACGGGACAUUGGUCUUACCGCCCCGAUAUAUGUGA